AUGCCUACUGGAUAUCGCGUCGAAAUCUCGCCUAACAAGCGAGCCACCUGUAAGAACACUGAGUGUAAGAAAGCCGGUGUCAAGAUCGAUAAGGGUGAGCUUCGCUUCGCCACCAUGGUCACCGUCAUGGAAAACACUUCCUGGGCCUACAAGCAUUGGGGAUGCGUAACCCCCAAGGUCAUCGGAAACCUCAAGGACUUUCUUGACGGCGACAUGAGCAUGCUCGAUGGUUUUGAAGAGCUGCCCGAUGAUGCCCAAGAGAAGAUCCAGAAGGCCAUUGACGAGGGCCAUGUCGAUGAUGAGGACUGGAAGGGCGAUGUUGAAAAGAACCGUGAAGGCCAGAACGGAUUCCGUCUGACCAAGGCCGAUAAGAAGAAGCUGGGCAUUGAUGAGGACGACGACGACACCGAGAAGAAGUCGAAGAAGCGUGCCCGUAAGGAUGACGGGGAAGAGGAACCUGCCCCGAAGAAGGCUAGAGGCAAGAAGGCCGUCAAAGCCAAGGAGGAAGCUGAUGAGCAGGACGAGGAGGAAGAGGCUCCUGCCCCGAAGAAGGCUAGGGGCAGGAAGAGUGCCAAAGCCAAGGCCGAGGAACAGGAACCGGAACAGGAACAGAUCCAGGAAGAGGAAGAGGAGGCGCCUGCUCCCAAGAAGGCUAGAGGCAAGAAGGCCGUCAAGGCCAAGGAGGAAGAUCCCAAGCAAGAAGCGGAUAAAGAGGCGCCUGCCCCCAAGAAGGCUAGGGGCAAGAAGGCUGUCAAAGCCAAGGAAGCUGAUGAGCAGGACGAGGAAGAAGAGGCCCCUGCCCCGAAGAAGAGGGGCAGGAAAGCUAAGGCUGCCAAGGUUGAAGAGGUUGACGUCAAGGAGAACGACAACUCUGCAGAUGAAGACGGCGAGGAGCCGGUUUCCAUGCCUCAGGCCAAGGCUUCCCGUGCCAAGAAGGCCGUCGCGGAAGACAACGAGGAGCCUGCGGUAGCUCCCAACCAGAAGAAGUCCAGGGCCAAGGCCAAGAAGGUCGUUGAGGAGGACAAGGUUGAGGAAGAGGCCCCCGAGGAGGUCCCCGAGGAGGCCCCUGAGGAAGCCCCGAAGGCGAAGCGAUCUGCUCCGGCGAAGCGCGGCAGGAAGGCGAAGGCCUAA